AUGAAGUUCCUCCCCAUCAUCGCCGGCCUCAGCGCCCUCGCGGCCGCCGCCCCCGCCGAGAUCGACACCCGCGCCUCCUGCACCUUCACCGACGCCAAGACAGCCAUGUCCAAGAAGACGUCCUGCACCGACAUCGUCCUCAACGGCAUCAGCGUGCCCGCCGGCCAGACCCUCGACCUCACCGGCCUCAAGGACGGCACCCGCGUCACCUUCAAGGGCACCACCACCUUCGGCUACAAGGAGUGGGAGGGCCCCCUCAUCGCCAUCGGCGGCAAGAAGGUCGCCGUCGUCGGCGCCUCGGGCAACUCCAUCAACUGCCAGGGCGAGCGCUGGUGGGACGGCAAGGGCGGCAACGGCGGCAAGAAGAAGCCCAAGUUCUUCAAGGUCAAGAUCAACGACGGCUCCAUCACCGGCUUGAACGUCAAGAACACCCCGGCCCACGGCUUCAGCAUCAACAGCGUCUCCAACCUCAAGGUCCAAAACAUCCUCUUUGACAACAAGGACGGCGACUCCAAGGGCGGCCACAACACCGACGCCUUCGACGUCGGCGAGUCCACCAACAUCAACAUCUCCGGCGCCAAGGUCUACAACCAGGACGACUGCCUCGCCAUCAACUCGGGCACCAACAUCGUCUUCGAGAAGGGCUACUGCCACGGCUCCCACGGCCUCUCCAUCGGCUCCGUCGGCGGCCGCUCCUCCAACACGGUCAAGAACGUCGUCAUCCGCGACUCCACCAUCGAGAAGGCCGACAACGGCAUCCGCAUCAAGACCAUCGCCCACAAGACGGGCUCCGUCUCGGGCAUCACCUUUGACAACAUCACCCUCAAGGACAUCAACAAGAAGGGCAUCGUCAUCCAGCAGGACUACGAGAACGGCAGCCCCACCGGCACCCCCACCGCCGGCAUCCCCAUCACCGACGUCGUCGUCCGCAACGUCAAGGGCACCGUCGCGGCCAAGGGCACCGACAUCUACAUCCUCUGCGCCAAGGGCGCCUGCUCCAACUGGAAGUGGUCCGGCGUCUCCGUCACCGGCGGCAAGACCUCCAAGGAAUGCUCCGGCAUCCCCUCCGGCUCCGGCGCCAAGUGCUAG